CCCCUGACAUGACUGGAAGUGUGGAGAUCAACACCACGGAGGGAAAUUAUACAAAUGGAGGCUUUGAUAUGACAGUGAUUAAAAUACUUGAGGUUUCAUACAUUGUGGUUUUAUCUGGAAUAUUUUUUCUAGGAAUAACUGGAAAUGGUCUGGUCAUCUGGUUUGUUGCCUUCAGAAUGAAGAAGACGGUCAACUCUGUUUGGUUCUUAAGUUUAGCUUUUGCUGAUUUUACCUUCUGCCUUUUACAACCCUUAACUAUCACUCACGUUGCCCUUGAUGGUCACUGGCCAUUUGGAACCUUCAUGUGCAAGCUUAACCGUUUUUCAAUUUAUCUUAAUCUGUCUGCCAGUGUCCUACAACUCACCGUCAUCAGCAUUGAUCGUUGCAUCUCCGUAGUCUUCCCUGUCUGGUGUCAGAACCAUCGCACUGUAAGACUGGCUGUGAAAGUCGUUCUUGUACUUUGGAUUGUAUCUCUUCUACUCAAUGUAUCUUAUUUUACAAACACAUACAUAUAUGAUACAAAUUAUAAAUUUGUGUAUUGUUUUGAAGAUUGGGUAAUGGACAAAGUACAAAUUAUAAUAAGAUUUAUUGUUCUGUUUGUUAUCGCUUUCACUAUCAUUAUCUUCUGUUACACUCUCAUCUUUCUACGUAUUCAAAGAAACCGCAGAGCAACAUCUACCAAACCUUUCAAAGUGAUUGCUGCCGUCAUCAUUUCCUUCUUUAUUUGCUGGUUUCCUUACCAUGUAUUUUCUAUCAUGGAUGCAUACGGAAGCAACACAUGGCAACAUAAUUACUGGUUUGUAAUUGCUAUAGGCAGACAUGUAACAUCUGUUUUGGCUUAUUCAAACAGCUGUGUGAACCCUCUUCUCUACGUCUUUAUUGGCCAAGACUUCAAGCAAAAAUUCUGGAGUGCCAUUAAAUCAGCAUUUGAGAGAACUUUUAUCGAGGAUGCCAACAUGACAGAUCCAAAUCCAAAUAGACACCUGUUUUUAACUGAUCACGCAAUGAGCCAAAUGUGAUAGAGUUGUUUCAAUAAAUAUCGUCAGUUAUUUUAGGCAGACCCUCCAUUCUGCUCUAUGAAGACACAUGUCCAUUUGCACUUGCCUACAUCAUAUCCGAUCUGCUAAAAACAGAUAGAUGGGGAUCCGUUCCCCUUCCAUAUAACGGGUUGGAUGGUGGUGGGAUGUAAACAGACAGGUGGUCCGUUUACAUCCAAUCACCCAUAAAGGACAGCAAGCUGUGUCUGCGUCUUCUCUGCAUAAGCAAAGUGGACAUGGACCAACCAUCUGCCUGUUCAGCAGGAAUCAGCGGACAGAUCCCACCCUGAGCAAACGGUCUGCUGGCAUAGUCCGCCCCAUGUGAUAGGGGCCUAAUCUUCUGUUACACAUCUUUUUGCGCAUUGGAAGAAUUUGCAGAGGAACAUCUACCAAAGCUUUCAAAGUUAAUACUGCUGUCAUAAUUUUCUUCUUAUUUGUUGGUUUCCUUUCAAUUCUCUUUCUAUCAUGUACACAUUGCAAUAUAAUUUCAGGCUUGUGAGUUUCAUAGGUGAACGUAUAUCAACAUUGCUAGCUUUUUCAAACUGUUGUACCUCUUCUCUAUGUCUUCAUUGGCCAAGACUUCAAGGAAAAUUUCUGGAGUGCCAUUAACCACUUCAACCCCAGAAGGUUUUACCCCCUUCAUGAAAAGGAUUUUUUUUUUCG